ACGGAGAGGAAGGGCACAGCCCGGGCGGACAGGCUGCCUGCCGCCACCUGUUUGCGGGCACAGAGCUCACGGACCUGGCCGUGGGCUGCAUCCUGCUGGCCGGUUCCCUGCUGGUGCUCUGCGGCUGCCUGGUCCUCAUAGUCAAGCUGCUCAACUCUGUGCUGCGUGGCCGCGUGGCCCGGGCCGUGAGGACAGUCAUCAAUGCGGACUUCCCCUUCCCGCUGGGCUGGCUCGGGGGCUACCUGGCCCUCCUCGCGGGCGCCGGCCUGACCUUCGCACUGCAGAGCAGCAGCGUCUUCACGGCGGCCAUCGUGCCCCUCAUGGGGGUCGGGGUGAUCAGUCUGGACCGGGCGUACCCCCUCUUACUGGGCUCCAACAUCGGCACCACCACCACGGCCCUACUGGCCGCCCUGGCCAGCCCCGCAGACAGGAUGCUCAGCGCCCUGCAGGUCGCCCUCAUCCACUUCUUCUUCAACCUGGCCGGCAUCCUGCUGUGGUACCUGGUGCCUGCACUGCGGUUGCCCAUCCCGCUGGCCAGGCACUUCGGGGCGGUGACUGCCCGUUACCGCUGGGUGGCUGGGGUCUACCUGCUGCUUGGAUUCCUGCUGCUGCCCCUGGCGGCCUUCGGGCUCUCCCUGGCAGGGGGCACGGUGCUGGCCGCUGUCGGGGGUCCCCUGGUGGGGCUGGUGCUCCUCAUCAUCCUGGUCACUGUGCUACAGCGGCACCGGCCGGCCUGGUUGCCUGCCCGCCUGCGCUCCUGGGCCUGGCUGCCCCUCUGGCUUCACUCUCUGGAGCCCUGGGACCGCCUGGUGACCCGCUGCUGCCCCUGCAAUGUCUGCAGCCCCCCGAAGGCCACCACCAAAGAGGCCCACUGCUACGAGAACCCUGAGGUCUUGGCCUCCCAGCAGUUGUGAGGGGCAGUUGCUGCGCAGACCACCCCACCCUCCCCGGCUGGGAGGGCUCUGGAGGGCCUUGGGGGAGGGGUCCCCAUGGCAGCUGACCUCCGGUCACCUGCUUCCCCUUCAGUGCAAAUAAACCACGCUGUUACCUGG